AUGCACCCUCCCACUUUUGAUGGUCAUGGCGACCCCACCUUAGCUGAGGAUUGGAUCCAGGACAUUGAGGAGGUACUCUGUGUCUUGAAUUGUACUGACAAACAGAAAGUAUUGUACUCCACCUUUCAGCUGACUGGUGAGGCUAAACGAUGGUGGAUAUCAGAGAGAACCAUCAGGGAAGCAGGUAGGAGGGGGGUGGUUAGCUGGCCCCACUUCAAGCAGAUUUGCUUUGACAGUUUCUUCCCAAGAUCGAUUCGGGACGCUAGGGCCAAGGACUUUGCCGACUUAAUCCAAAACUUCUCAGAAUUAGUAGAUAAGGUCACAAUAGUCGAGCGAAGCUUCAAGAGAAGUGUUGAACUUCAAGAGCAGAGGAAGGGGCUGACGCCAUUGGGGUUUCCCUCGAACGAGAAUCAAGGACCAUGGAAGAGGAUGAAGUUAGUGAACAACCUAGGACAGAGUCAGGUGCAGGACAAUCAACGGAAUAACUCCUGCAAGUCAUGCAACGUAGUACACUUUGGGGAUUGCAGAAGGAGAGCUGGAUGGUGUUUUCGAUGUGGGAAGCAUAGCCACCUCGUCAGAGAUUGUCCAAAGCAACCAGAUGGAAGCGUGAACCCCAACCUACCUCAGAGGACUGAUUUCGCGGCACGUGGGAAGAACCAACACAAUGCAAUGUAG